AUGGCGGUGACGCUGAGCCUGGAGCCCGCGGGCCGCAGCUGCUGGGACGAGCCGCUGGGCAUCUCCGUGCACGGCCUGGCCCCCGAGCAGCCCGUCACGCUGCGCGCGGCCCUGCGAGACGAGAAAGGCGCGCUCUUCCGCGCCCACGCGCGCUACCGCGCCGACGACCACGGCGGCCUGGACCUGGCGCGCGCGCCCGCGCUGGGCGGCAGCUUCGCCGGGAUCGAGCCCAUGGGGCUGCUCUGGGCUCUGGAGCCCGAACGGCCAUUCUGGCGCCUGAUCAAGCGCGACGUGCAGACGCCCUUCGUGGUGGAGCUGGAGGUGCUGGACGGCCACGAGCCCGACGGCGGGCGGCUGCUGGCGCGCGCGGUGCACGAGCGUCACUUCAUGGCUCCCGGGGUGCGGCGCGUGCCCGUGCGCGAGGGCCGUGUGCGCGCCACGCUCUUCCUGCCUCCAGGCAAGGGGAGGUUUCCUGGGAUCAUGGAUUUGUUUGGAAGUGGUGGUGGCCUGUGUGAAUACAGAGCCAGCCUCCUGGCUGGGCAUGGUUUUGCUGUACUUGCUCUGGCUUACUUCAGAUUUGAAGACCUCCCUGAAUAUCUGAGUGAUGUGCACCUGGAGUACUUUGAAGAAGCCUUGACCUUUAUGCUGCAGCAUCCAAAGGUGAAAGGCCCAAAUGUUGGUCUUCUUGGUUUCUCCAAAGGCGGUGACCUGUGCCUCUCGAUGGCUGCUUUCCUAAGGAACAUCACAGCCACUGUCCUUAUCAAUGCCUGUGUGGCCAACACAAUAGCUCCUCUGUAUUACAAAGAUCUAUUUAUUCCAGAUCUUGGCUGUGACCCCACGAAACAAAAGACCAUGGAGUCAGGCCUUUGGGAUUUGGUGGAUAUUUGGAACAACCCACUGGAGGAACCUAACCACAAAAGUCUUAUUCCACUAGAAAAAGCCCAGGGACCCUUCCUGUUUAUUGUGGGCAUGGAUGAUCAUAACUGGAAGAGUGAAUUCUAUGCUCAUAUAGCCUGUGGACGUCUACAAGCCCAUGGGAAAGACAGACCCCAGAUAAUCUACUAUCCAGAAACUGGUCACUGUAUUGACCCACCGUAUUUCCCUCCUUCCAGGGCUUCUGUUCAUGCAGUGUUAGGUGAAGCAGUAUUCUAUGGAGGUGAGCCAAGGGCUCAGGCAAGGGCACAGGUGGAUGCCUGGCAACAAAUUCAAACUUUCUUCCAAAAAUAUCUCAAUGGUGAAAAACCUGUAAAGUGCAGCAAAAUAUGA